AUAAUAUGGCAAAUUGACACGGCCAUUUUUUUUUUUUAAGAAUUUAUUCAUCGCAUUUUAUUCCCGGAAAGUCAUUUUCUCAUUCAGAUUAAAUUUUUAGUCAUUUUUUUUACCGUCAAGUCAAAUCGCUUACGGCGAAACCCGUUUCGACGAUCACGUCGUGGAUUCCCAUUGAAUUGCCAAUGAGGUGCCAUAAAAACAAGAAACCCAAGUAACCUCUAAGGACACACACACGAUGCUGGCGAGAGCACUGUAUCGAAGACUUCCGCUUCAUUCGGCUUCUUGGACAGUUCUUCGUUCUCCGAUUUCGGCUCUCAGCACCGUAGCAAGAGGCGGACCACGAGUAUUAUUGCGCAGCACGAUACUUGUCCAGGACGGAUCGCUGGUCCACGAGUUGCCGGUGAUGGUCAGAAGGCCGAAGGACUUGUUGCUGCAGGAUGAAAAGGGUGAGAGACUCAGCAGCCGGAGUAACAUGACGAAGAAGUCGAAGAGCGAAGGUCGCCGAGGACCGAGUCGAAGGAUAAACAUCGAGACGGAUGAGGGAACGGCGAUCCUGUUCGGAUCGGACCUCGAUUUCCUCAAGGAAGCUAACGUCGAGCAACUCCUUGCCGGCCUCGAGUCAUGCUACACGCCGAAAGGGGUCUUCUCGCUCCUGGAGACGAUAAUAGUAGAAGAGAUAAACUCGAUGGUCGCCGUCCAGGCGCUUCGAAAGAUAAUCGAGCUCGAAAAUUCCCCGCGAAAUGGAAGCAGAGCGAGCCCAACCUGCAACCGCGAAUGCGUCCUUGGCCAGGUGGUCGAAAUGAUUGCCGGGACUCAGGACGGUGACACGCUCCUUGAAGCACUCGAUCUUCUAGCCAGGGACACUAUCAGUCCACCGGUGAACCGGUUGCGGGAUCGUCUCUGCGACGAGGUCGCGUCCAGAAUCGCUGACAACGAGAUGAGUGUCGCCCAGAUCGUCGAGGCGGUUCGGGUUAUGACCAAAUUCAGGAACCUCGAGUACCAGGAAGUCGUCGAUUCUUUAUGGGUCGGUCUCGCAGCUAGAGAGAGCGAGGUCUCAGCUGAGGACCUGGUCCCGCUCUUCAGGUCUCUUCACUCGUUCAAGAAGAGCAGAAGGUUCGUUCACGCCGUUCUUGACCGCAGACUUGAACGCCAUUUGAGGCUGCUCACGGGCCGACAGAUCGCUGACAUUCUCAACGCUUUGGCCAACGCGGCCAUCGAGUCUCCUGAGACUCUUAGAUUGGCUAACAAGUGGGCUGCGACCAAGGCGAACACCGUCAACGAGCAGGAUCUACUGGACCUCGUCCGCACUUGGACGGUUACUCGCAACGUCGAUCCAGCCGUCGAAAAAAUGAUGGAGACUCAUUUCGAGACGAGGCUGGGCAAGGCCAAGGCGAAGGAGGUGCAGCCAUCAUCGAUGCAUGAGUAUUUUCGUAGCGCGUGUUCGGUCCUUUUGGGGUCUUGGGUUCGCUGGUUCCGAAUUUGAAAGCAAGAUUGCGUCAUUGCUAAUGGGAUAGAAAGAACGUAGUCGAGGACACGGAUUCAAGGUACUAGAAAACGUCCAACACGCGCUGCGAAAGUGCGUAUCUACAAGUGUGACAGUAAAAACUUUCGAGUGGCUCGAUUCACUCAAUUAGAAAUCAGUUGGAAAUCACUAGAAAUCAGUGAAUUUCAAGCUAUUUGUUAAUAUUAGACAUCAUUUGGAAAUCAACGAGAAGUUGGUGAACCUUGAA